AUAUAAGAAGGAGGAAACAAUGGAGUUUGAGACUCACUGUAUGUCAUUUCCAUGUACUGAACUCUUGUUAUUCAACUAUGCCGAGGUAAAUUCAAUUUUUAAUUCGAGGGCACCUUUAAUAUAUCAACUAGCUCCGCUGGUGGGAAAACGUUCUGGUUGGUUAGCGCUAUCCUAUUUCGUGCAGGGGAUUUUGAAAGACAGUCAUUUAUCCCGCCCCUCGGAUUGAGUCCUGCCAACAGUGAGUUCCCAGACUCAACAUCUUGAUCAGGCUAUCCGCUCCCAGGACUUUCUGUCCUUCAGUGUCCCUGCAGUGCACACAGAGCUGGGGAUAAAGGCUGUCUCCUUCUCAGGUCCCUCCAGCUGGAACAAACUUCAGCAGGAUCUGAAGCUGUCCAGUCUGGUCACACUUGGAGAAUGUAGAGUUUUAUUAAAACGUCUGUAGGAAAUUGCUGUUGUUUUAAUUAGAAAUUUUAAGCCAUGUCAUGACGUAUCUGUGAAACUUUUGUAUUUUUAUUUAACUGUUAAUAAUAAUAUGUUUGAAACAGGUCUCUCUUGAAAGUGAGACAUGACUCUCAAGGGACUAACUUGUAUAAAUAAAGGAUAAAUCAAAUUAAAUUAAAGCAGAUAAAAUCAAUCCAUAAAACAUCAACAUAAAAAUGUAUUACUGUAAAAAGCAAGAGAGCAGAUAAAAUACUUUCAGUGUCAUAUGCACGAGUGAAAAGAACUGUUUUCAGCCUGGAUUUGAACAUUGUCAGAGUUGAUGCCUGUCUCACAUCCUCAUGAAGAAUGUUCCAGAUUUUAGCUUUAGCCUCAGCGUGUUUACUCCUGAUUCUGGGGACCACCAGGAAACCCCUCCCUGAAGUUCUUGGGGCCUGCAAUGUUUCAAAUGGCUCUAACAUCUCAGAGAUGUACUGUGGUGCUAAACCAUGAAAAGACUUGUACACAAGCUAUACACAAGUUUUAAAUGUUAUUCUCUGAGCGACAGGAAGCCGGAGAAGAGACUGGAGCACUUGACUAAUAGAGUUGUAUUUCCUUUGCCUGUGCUGGUGUUCAUGUGCAUAUUAUUUGUCAGAGCGGUCUCAGUGCUGUGGUAGGGCCUAAAUCCUGACCGGAAAGUAUCAAACACAUUGUAAGACAGGAGAAUGUAAGUGAGCAGUUGAUAACUUUUUUGCUAAUAAUAAGCAUUUAUAUUUACUUAUUUGUAUUAGUGUUUAGUUUAUGCUAUAUACUGUAUAUUUAAUACCCUUUUUCUUUUUUAAGCCUGUUUUAUUCAUAGGCUCUUAAAGAAGAGAGGUACACUUGAUGCAUUAUGUGAUUUUUUUUAAAGGCAAAAAUCAAAUUUUUCAGAAAUAAUUCAUAUCUGUUUAUUUUUAAUAUAACUUAAAAAAUAGUCUGUUAAAAAAAAGUUCUGAAUCCUGAGUUGAUUACAGCCUGCUCCUGCAGCUCCAGCUCAGCUCAGUUUGAUACAAUGUAUUAUUUUGAGAGGCCCCUUUCAGGACCGGCCAAUCAGAGCGCUCCGUGAGCAGGCUGCACUGCUAUCACUGUGCUCAUAAUAUCACAACUAAAAAUCUAGAGGGAUUUAGUCCUGGAUAAUAUAUAACAUAUUUAAUAUUAAUAUAUUUAAAAUUAGUAUAUCUAAUCUGACUGAUAGAAGUUCACUUAAAAAAAAGAAGGGAAAAAAAAAAAAAAAACCUGUGCAAUGCAGGUGGACUCGACCAAUCACAACGCUUUUGUACUGCAUGGUAAUUAUCCAAUCAGAGCGCAGUAUUCGUUACACGACAAAGUUACCGAGCGAGCAUGAUGAAGGAGCAAAAGAUGGAGCAAAAGAAAAUGGAUCGACAAAGUGCUUUGGAGCGAUUACAACGAAGAAUGCGAAUUCUACGAAGUCACCAUGAAAAAUGCGAACGAGCAUCAACAGUGGUAAAGGCCCCGGAGAAGGAUAUACCUGAUUCUACAGUGAGCUCACCUCAUCAAGAAGAUGAAGAAGCUUCAGAAAUGUCAAGUUGUUAUAGUGAUGGUGAGGAGUACAAGCCUCCUCCAGGUAGUCCAGACUCAUCUUCAUCCUGCAGCAUAGUCUCAAUGUGCUCCAGUCUGUCAUGUCAGUCAAAAACAAAACCAAACAAAACCAACAAAACCAAACCACAGUCUAACAGUCAACCAUCAAAAACAUAUACAAAAAAGGAUUGUCGCAAGAACAACACAGAGACCGUUGAACUGAGAGUUAAAACUUGCCGAAAAAAUAAUGGUAAAAGAGUGUGGGACAAAGCACAUUACUGUGUUUACUGUGAAAAAAUGAAUAAAAAAAUGGCCCGCCAUUUACAGUUGAAGCACAUGGAUGAAACUGAUGUUGCCCACGCUUUUAGCUUUCCACUUGGCUCCAAAGAGAGAAAGAAACGUCUUGAGUCUUUAAGAAAUAAGGGUGACUGGCGACAUAAUCAGCAAGUCCUAAAGGAGGGCAAAGGGGAGAUUGUUACAUGGAAACAGCCCUCUAAAAAUUCAUCUGUUAGUGACUAUUUGCCCUGCCAGCACUGCUUUGCUAUGUUUAAAAAAGUAGACCUAUGGAGACAUGACAAAACUUGUAGGGAUAAAAACGAAAACUCCGACGUAGGAACAAAAAGAAAGCGCAUCCAAACUGUUUCUUCCAGACUUCUUCCAAUGCAGACAUCAUCAGACGGAAUCCAAAAUGUAAUCCAUAACAUGUUACAAGACAAUAUCACUGCCCACGUUCGAGGGGAUGAGAUGAUAUGUAAAUAUGGACAUUCACUGUUUGCUCAAAAAGGACGUGAACAAUCUCAACAUCGCUAUUGCACAGAAAUUGAGGGAACUGGGUCACUUUGUCUUGGCAGCUAAGAAAAUUAACCCAAAAAUUGGAGGACUCAAAGACUUAUGUGAUCCAACCAAAUUUAACCUGGCAAUAGAAGCAGCUAGAGAAGUGUCACACUUCAACUCAGACAAGACAGAGUAUGGAAAACCUUCAACCGCAGUGAAAAUAGGCUUUUCACUCAAAGCAGCAACUGAGAUCUGGAUUGGUCAUUGUAUGAUGGUGUCAGAUGUUGUUGCUGAAAAAAGACUAAGAAGUUUAACCCUUUAAGACCUGAAGGCUUUUUUAGAGUUUUUUUUUUUCUGAGCGACA